ACAGUACACCGUUGCCUACCGCGCUGGAUACAUCUCCGUUUUUGAUCUUCAAGUUUAAUUAUACAUGGAUUAAAAUGCGACAUGCAAUAUUGCUACUGAUCUGUGCGGCGCCUGCUGUAUUGCCAAAACGCACCGUAAAAAUACCUCUGUGGAAACGACAGGCCUGCGAGCCACCAGCUGCUCUGAGCGAGCACAGUCAUUACAUAUGCAACGACAAAGGCGAACCCAAGUGCAUGCCGGGAUGGCAGGGGGACCUCUGCGAUGUGCCCAUAUGCAGGAAGGGAUGCGAUCCUAUUAGAGGAUUUUGCAAGAAACCAGGAGAGUGUACGUGCAAGUUCGGAUACUACGGAGACAGAUGCGAGAAGUGUAUCCCGCUGCUGGGCUGCGUCCACGGCCGCUGCAACGAACCGUUUCAAUGUAUCUGUAACGACGGCUGGGACGGCCUAUUUUGUACCGAGCCUACAUGCAGCACGGAAUGUCACAAGAUCCGCGGCUUCUGCGAGUCCCCGGGCGAGUGUCGCUGCCGGUUCGGUUGGUCCGGGCCGACAUGUCACGCCUGUCAAACUUUACCCGGAUGCCAGCACGGUUAUUGUGAGAAGCCAUUAGAGUGCAGAUGUCUGCCCGGUUAUACGGGAAUGCUGUGUCAGACGCCAAUUUGUGCAGCGAACUGUCACAGCGAGAGGGGCUUCUGUCGGCGUCCCGGGGAAUGCCGCUGCAAGGUCGGCUGGACCGGGCCCACGUGCGCGCAGUGCCACAGGUACCCUGGCUGCAAGCACGGAACUUGCAGGAAGCCUUGGGAGUGUAUCUGCAAAAAGGGCUGGGGAGGAAUGCUGUGUGACGAAGAACUAAAUUACUGUGAAGAGCAUCCUGACACGUGCAAAAACGGUGGCCAAUGUCAAUCGUUGGAAGCACAGGACGGACAUUAUAGAUGCCAGUGUCCUUCCGGAGUCACCGGCAAGCAUUGUGACGUCAUACCAGCUAAUAUGACCACGACCGAGGCUAGCACCGUCCAAGAAUUCACCGUGGAAGUGAUCACAGACGAUGGAUCCUCAGAGAAUACAUCCGACAAGACUACAACAGUCGCUGAGCCCAAUAUCGACGAGAACGAGACUGAAUAAAUAUAUAACAGCCUUAUUUUAAUCUUAAUAUUUAGAUUUAUGUAUUUAAAUUAUUUAUCUCACAUCAUUUCUCUCACAUCUCACAGCAUCAUUCACAUCACAUCAAUCACAUUAAACUUUUUGAUUUACCGUUAAUCCAUUGCAGCUGUUUUUACGUAUCCACGAAUGAUGCACGAUUUCAUUACUUCGCUUACGAUCAUUAUGGAUUUAUCGAUGAGCGUAACUAAUCUCUGCACUCUGCUGAUUAUAAGCUCAUAUAAUGUAGUGGGGUUACAAGCAUUGUACAUUUUUAUAAAUAAACAUGUGUGCAAUUCACACGUGGUAGAAGUGAAACCUUCCAAA